AUGGCAAUGAGCAAAUGGAAGAAUGGUGUAGGCCCAAAUACAAAUGCAACAUUGAUGGAAAAUGUGGCGAGAUCUGCACAGAUGUUAAGUGUUCCUUACGGAAGGGGUAGGGUGUGUGUCCAUACAGCAAAAGGAGCCAUUAAUGUUGAUCUUGGAAAAGGUGAAUGUAGCUGUGCAGCUUGGCAAAUGUCAGGCAUCCCAUGCCCACAUGCAUGUGCAGCUAUCAAGGCCUUGAAUUGCAAUGUGUAUGAUUUUGUUGAAGAAUGCUACAAGAUUAUGUCCCAACAAAAGAUUUAUGGUAGGACGAUGACUCCAGUGGUGACAAUCGACAUGCCAAAUCCUAAUAACUAUCGGCUGCAAGAUAUAGCAAGUCAAGUGUUUUUGGCACCACCUUUGACUAGUCGACCACCUGGAAGGCCUAGGAUAAAUAGGCAAGAGUCGCAGUUUCAAAACAAGAAGGUCUACCAUUGUAGUGCAUGCCAGCAAGUUGGCCACACAAGAAGAACAUGCAAGAAUCCAAACCCAACUUAA